ACACGAAAUUCUCUGAAAUUCUGUCCAAAAAUUCUACUGCCCAAUUGCUUGUUUCUCUUCUCUUUCCAGACACGGAAUAAAAUCACACACAAAAGGGUAUCGUUAGUUGUUUGUAUGCACAUUCGAUCUGUAAGCACUGAUGCAAAAUACUGGUGUUAACGCCGGUAGCGGCGGUGCUGGAGGCGGGGCCCGUGUAAGAGCAGAAGAUGUGAUUUCGAAGCUGAAAGACGACGGUGACUUCGAUCGGCUCCGUCUCAAAAUCAUUCGUAAGCUGAAGGAGAAUGAAGAAUUGCGAAGCAAUAUUAUAUCAAUGGUGAAGCAAUCAGCUGCUCUCAAUCGUCCUGGUGCUGAAAACAUGAAACCACGGCAGCUGUCUGAUGCAAUACACCAAGAAAUUGGGGACAAAGUCAUGAGCCAAAUUUCUGAUGGUGUCUGGAAUAUAAUUAGAGCUGCUGAUGGUAUGAAAGCUGAAAUCACAGAAACAGUGCAGUCAGUUUAUGACAAAUUAUCGAACCCUCAAGGAAAAGACAAUGGUGAGUCAUCGUCUCACAAUGAUUCACCAUCAGUUCGGGGUGAACUUGAUAAUAAUGGUGGUGCUACUGGAGCUGUUGAAACUGAUGGCACAUUGUCAGAUGGAGAACCAAAUGAACCACCUGGAUUUGGUCUGUCUGAUUCACACAGGAGAAACAAGAACAAGCAAAUACACCCACCAGACAAUGUUCGGAUGCCCACCCCUUGUAAUGGACAAGCAAUAGAAGGAAACAAGGGAGACAACUCACACUUAAAGGGUUUGCCUGAGCCUGACAAUUUAGAUUGUGGUGCUCCGCCUGGCUUUUCUUCUGUCCUCAGGCAUAAGAAUUCAGGAGACGCUAGCGAUGAAGAUCCUGAUGUGCCUCCUGGAUUUGGUUGACUCUACAUGUGACUCGAUGUUUAGUACUAUGGAAUUCCCAUCAUUUUAACAAAAUAGGGCAAGAUUCAGCCCUGUGACUGGAUAAAUUGAAUCUAAAAGCUUGCUGAAGGCAGCAAACUGGGUUUUCCAUGUCUACCAUGAUCUACAAGGAUCAGCGAAAACGACGCAACGGUAGAGUGCUUUCUCAAAAUUGGCGACAAAGAAGCUCUGGUGAGAAGGACUCGAGUGGUUUCUGUAACUGCAUAUCACCGGCCUUUCAGUGAAGUUUCCUAUCACGUUGCUGUUUUGGUUACACCUUCAGACUCCAUGGCUAACAUAUCAGAUUUGCAGAGAAAAGAACGUUAACCUUCACAUGGAUGAGGCCCAGAUCAAAACAAUUCAUUUAAACGUUUAAAGUGUAAGACGUGAUUGCAACAAAUCAUUUCCCUUUACCAACGCAUGAUUGUUUCAUUCGGUUGUUCCGUCGUUA